UUGUUACUUUUACUAUUUUCCGACAAAGGUCCCACUGUCUCUUGUCUUCAUUUGCUCAUCCUUGUCUCUGAUCUAAUCUCUUCUUCUUCUUUUCUUCUUCUUCUUCAACUUUUUGUUCCCAUCAUCAUGUUUUGUGGGUUAUCUUCACUUUUAGAUUCUUUCUGGUGAGCAUUAAAUGGGAGGAUAUGGAAUUUGCUAUUGCCAGUGAUUCAAGAUAAGAUAAUGAAAGCAAAUAAAGAAAUGCAAGUGUCUAUAUCUUUUGGUAAGUUUGAGAAUGAUGAUUCACUUUCAUGGGAGAGAUUCUCUUCUUUCUCUCCUCCAAACAAGUACUUGGAAGAAGUUGAGAAGUGUGCAACUCCAGGGUCGGUAGCUCAGAAGAAGGCCUACUUCGAAUCACAUUACAAGAAGAUCGCCGAGAGAAACGCCGAGAUCAUCUUGGAGCAGGAGAAACAGUUGGAGAGUAAUGCAUCAUUCAGGCCAAGUCUUGAGCACAGUGGAAACACAUACAGAGAAGCUGACGGCUCGGUUGUGAUCGAGUCUAGCGUCGCCUGUUGUGAUCAUAACGGCGAAAGUGCUUCAGAGAAAGACAAGCUUGUGGACUGCACUGCUGCUGAAGUGAGUGAGACAUGUAACCAUGAGCCUCUUGAAGAAACUAUGGAGGUUGAGGUUGGGGAGGAUCUUAAUACCCUGAAGAUGGAGAAACUUGAAGAGAUUGUGAGCGUUGAGGAAGAACGAGAACUGAUUGUCCAAGUGGAGGAUAAAGAGAAACGAGAAGAGGUUGUGUGUAUAGAGGAAGAAGUCAAAGAAGAUGUUUCCUCAAAGGAUACACCAUUGAAGGAGACAAAGAAAGAGAAAGACCAGCAUCUAAUCAAGAAGAGGGAUAAAAAUGUGCAAACAAACCAAACAAGAAGCUCUCCCAAGACCAAGAAACCGAUAGAGAGUAAGGUUGUAACCAGUAGGAAAACUCAACCAAGCAAGGAGAAAAGCAUGAUCAAAGCAGCAACAACAACAAACAAAGCGGCAACACCUGUCUCAAAAUCCUCAAAAUUUUCAACUCCAAGAGUCUCCAAGCCAUCUUUAACAACCAUUUCGAUGUCUACUUCUCGCUCUUCAGUAAAGAAGGAGAAUGUCUCUGCUUUACCGAAAAAGAAACAAACUGCUUCAAAGACGUUACACGCUUCUCUCAACCUGAACCAACCGAGCUCUGACCCUACUUCUCUUGCUACCACCAGAAAGUCCUUGAUCAUGGAGCGAAUGGGAGAUAAAGAAAUCGUUAGACGUGCUUUUAAGUCUUUCCGGAAGAGUUUUGACCAAAUGAUAGAGCAAGAUAAAGCUCCAAAGCAGGUUCCUGCAAAGGCAACUAGUGUUUCGAAGUUAGCUACUACUGAUCUGAAAGAAAAUGACAGGGUUGCUAAAUCAGGUGGCACAGAGAGAAAAGGCUCUAACUCACACCUUUCUUCAUCUUUUGUACCGAAAAGCAACCUGACAGCGGAGAAACAGGAGCUAUCCAGGCCUGGAGCAAGAGCUGUAGGCUUACAUGCAAAACCAAAGGCACAAGUACCCAAUGCCAACACUCGGAGGAAAAGUCUUGAUCCAAAACCAAAAUCCAUGCAAGGGCCUCUCCUAAAAGGCUCAUCAGACAAAGUACUAUGAUGGAUUGAUAAUCAAGAGGUAAAGAUUCGAUGAUGUAUUGUUAUAUAGAGAAGUAACCAAGUUUCCAUUAGUUAUGUGAGGAAAAUAUUACAGUCUUUCUUUUGUUGUGUAUAGAGUCUCAAUAAAGGAACAACAUAACUUAAUAAAUAUCAGUCUUAUUACUUCAGCCACAA